CGGACAAGGACCCCAAAAGCACAGGCCCAGGGCCGAGAAAAUUUCGGGUCCCGCACCGCAAAAGCUCCGCCCGACGUCGGGUUGUCCGGCAUCCGCGCUACAGCGACCCAGUCCACUGUCAGGAACCCUGCCAAUCGAGUGGGUGCCGUUGCCCGCGCCGAGCCCGAAUCUUGAACUUUGACAAUUCGAGAUCCUCUUUCUCCGUCUUCCGGCAGCCGCACCGACCGACCUACCGACCGACUGCACGACGACCGACCCGUCCGCCCACCAGGAACUCCACACGACCUCCCCGUCCUGCGGCUACGCUUUUCCCGGACCGAGGGCCAACCCACCGGGACUUAGACAACUCGAGGUCGUACCAAAACAACACAGACACAAUGGCCGGCGCCCACGUCAAGUACAGGCACUUGAGCCGUAGCUCUGCGCAUCGCCAGGCUUUGCUGCGCAACCUCGUCACCUCGCUCAUCAAGAACGAGACCAUCCACACCACCUAUCCCAAGGCCAAGGAGGCCCAGCGCCUGGCCGAGAAGCUCAUCACCCUCUCCAAGCGCGACACCGAGACAGCCCGGCGUAGUGCCCAGGGUAUUCUCUACACCCCCGACCAGCUCCUCCCCAAACUCUUCGGCGAGAUCCGCGAGCGCUACGCCAACCGGCCAGGAGGCUACACGCGCGUGCUGCGCACCGAGCCCAAGGACCAGUACUCGCAAGCGCCCUCGGCCAUCCUCGAGCUCGUCGAUGGGCCCAAGGACAUGCGCUUCGCCAUGACGGCGGCGACCGUGGCGCGCGACCGCGAGCAAAAGACCGAGCACACCGACCUCACCAGGAAGAACAUGGAGAAGGUCACGCGCUUCCGCAAGGACGGCAUGCGCUCGUUCGAGGAUAUGGUCGCUAAGCUCAGGGAUAUGAAGUUCACCGCGGGCGCGAUAAAUCCUAAGGAGUGGAAGAAGCUUGAUCGUUAAGCGGUCGCCAGGUUGCAUAGUGGAAACGGGUUGGAAGAAGGAAGGGGAUGGAGGGCUUGGUUUCCCCUCAAGAGAGAGGCAGGUGUGCGUGAAUAGCUGGAAAAGGCUUCAUCACCUGCCGCCUUCUUUGAGGUCAUGGGAAGGGAAAGGGGCUUGAUCUCCGCUCUCGUUGUGGUCCGGGGUAGACGUUAUAUGUGUGAAGGAGCUUUUACUAGCCAGCCUGCACACUAACCAGACCACCCUCGCUGUUGAGUCAGCAAGGGAAAGGGGAAACCAAAGUGUACAAAUAUCACAAGACAGGAAGCAAAAAAGAGUGUAAUUUUACAAGGUAUGGGAUACACUUGGCUUACACAAAAUGGAACUUGGGAAACAGGCAAAUCAUACGCCCCUUUCAUGGACUGGUGA